UGCUUUAUUCCCAAAUGCUGAAGAUUGAGGGCGCUCUUCAACACUGGGCGCGAGACUUGCCGAUUGUUGUCCGCCGUGAUCGGUAGUAUCGCCUUCACUUUAGGACAGUGCGGCGUCCCUCCUCGGCAAGGCAGUGACACCAUGGCAACCCCUCCUCGUACCUCGGGGUCGGCUGCGACGCCCAAUGGCGCCAGCGGCAAACAGGACCAAGAGGAGCUGGAGGAGGACAAGAUGAAGCUGCGGGAGAUUGGGGACCAGGCAGUGUGGUCGCUGUCGUCGUGCAAGCCAGGGUUUGGUGUCAAUCAGCUCAGAGACGACUCUGUUGAAACGUACUGGCAGUCGGACGGCACGCAACCCCACCUGGUCAACAUCCAGUUCCGGCGCAAGACCACCGUGCACAGCGUGGCCAUCUACGCCGACUACAAGUCGGACGAGAGCUACACGCCGAACAAGAUCUCGGUACGGGUAGGCAACAACUUCCACGACCUCCAAGAGGUGGAGCUGCUGGAGCUUGGUCAGCCCAGCGGCUGGAUCCGCAUCCCGCUGGCCGACGCUCGGGGCCGGCCCGUACGGACGUUCAUGAUCCAGAUAGCAGCGCUCUCCAACCACCAGAACGGCCGCGACACCCACAUGCGGCAGAUCAAGGUGUACGCGCCCACGCAGGACAACGUCUUCCACCACAUGCCCAACUUCUCCACAGUGGAAUGCAACAUGUUUAGCAUCAUCAGAUGACGAACGGGGGGGGGGUCAGGGCUGGCAUUUCUCUAGGUCGAGUUGUCGGGUUCCUGAUGCAGAUUAUUCAUGGCUGGUCACCCUUGCUCAUCCUUCAAGGAGUUCAGUCCGCACUCUCAAAUGUUGCACAUUUUUUAAACGACUGUCCAUGGAGGAUUUUAUAAAAGACACUAAACCAAAGCUGCAUAUUUCUGAAGGAGAACUACUCCAUUGCUGCAGUACACAAAUACAACUUUAAUUUGCAAUCUUUCUGUUGGUCCAUUUUGUGUAAUCUCUGUGACAUUUUUCUCGGAACUUUGAAAGCACUAUUUCUCAAAAUAAUAUUAGCCAGUUUUUAACUUCCCGAGGGCGCAAGUCAAGUUUAUAGACGACCUAGAAUCAUAAAGCAGUCAGAACCACAAACAGCACAGCGUCCUCGUUAAUUUGAUGUACGUGAGUAACCCAAGAAUGCCAUAAUGUCACCAUGUGAAGAAUUUUCUUAGAUCACUUCAUGUUUCUGCAUUCUUAAAGCAACUUUACGAAGAACACUUCCCCCUGCUUGAAAUGAAGACAAACUCAGAAACGUUUGGAUUACAGAUUAACAAAUUUAAUACGUACUGUUACAUGUACAUAUAAUAUUACUAGAUGCGAGUUGUAAUAUUUUCUACUUGUCAGGUUGUCGCUGGUUGGCAGGCUCGAUCAAGGGCCUCUAGUUAACUAGAGGUUGGUUCAUGACAUACCAAGCGCAAAUACCAGUGUACAGUGAAGUUGAGUGCGAACGACCCUAGUCAACCGUUGUCAGGUUGCUACGCCGAAGGGUAGAAAAGGUGGCCACAGGAAGGGAAAAAAGGACAAAUUAAAGUGAAAAUUGUCGUGUAUUAGUGA